AUGCACGCACGUCUUGGUCUUACUCUCACUGCACUCGUCGGGCUGCAGCGCCUAUAUGCAUGCAUCCCUCCUCCAUGCCGUUCCUCAAAGAAACCCUCUCUCUCCUCUCACACCAUCCAUGUUCAACUGCCUGCCAUACAUACACAAUUUCUGCCUGAUCCUGAUCCCGUUAUCGUAGACGCAAACUUAAAUAUCCUUCUCUCUCUCUCGCUCUCUCUCCAGGCCUCACCCGAGAGAGAUAAGUAUCUUUGUCCUGCAUCAUGUUUUGUUGAUUCCGGUGUCGUUGGACGCCUCCCUCCCGUUUUUGCACUUUCAUAUCAAUGCUUUGUUGACUCUGUUUGUCUGAAACCUGUGAGAUUUGAUGUAUAUCCCUAUAUCCUCGCCUCAUCUGCAGGCUGCCCGACGCCAUGGAUCCCCAGCCAUUCCUCCUCAUCCACUCACGAAGCCCUUCAGUCAUAUUAG